UCGCUGAGAGUAGAGUGUGGUGUUUUUUCGCACUUUCUGCAGAAUUUAUAAUAAUAAAAUAUUGUUAUUCAAAAAACCCAAAAGCGUUUCGGUUUCUUCUCCGGCGUGGGGUUGCCGGAAAAACUGGCCGCCGAUCAGUGUACAUUAAUUCUCAGGAGGAGCCAGCCAUGGUCUGAGGCAGGAGGAUGAAGUUAUCUGGAAUUUUCUUUUCUAAUGGGAGUUCAUCAGUGAGCUGAGAUAUCUGUGUUUGAAGCUACAGUUGAAAAAUGUCUUUUCAGAACAACAGUAUUUGGUUGCCCAAUGGCUCUGGUUCUCUGGUUAAUGGAGAGAUAUGUUAUGACGCUUCAACGAGAGUGGAGCAAAAACGUGGUCAUCAGUGGAUUGCAGAUCCUUCUGAGCAAGAUUUAUUUUUCAACAAGAAGCAAGCAAUUGGAUCUGUUAAUGAAACUUCAGGACCGGCAGUUGUAGAUGGCUCUUUAUGGCGUGAUGGUUCCAGUUCUCGGUCAGCAGGUCAAACAGGUGACCGCCUGUUCAGCCCCAAGCCUGUCAGGAGUUUGAAUGUUUCUGAUAAGAAUAUCCCCUCCAUUAUUUCUUCAGCAAUGAAUAUGGAAAAGAAAGGGUUUCAGAAUCAAUUUGGAAAUGAUUCUUCGAUUUGUUUAACCAUGUCUCAUGCAGUGGAAGAUCCUUUGUGUGCGAAUGCUGGGCUUAGAAAAGUCAAAGUCAAUGAGGUAAGGAUGUCAGAGAAUUGCUUGCCUGAGUUUGUGGGGAGUUCCUUCUGCAUUGGAGACAAGGAUAAAGGAAUUAGCAGCACAUUUCAGAGAACUGGUAGUAACAUGUUUCUUGGACCUACUUAUAAUACCGCUGAUGGAAAUGCUAUUUCAAUGGAUCCCGCCUUCGGUAAGAUAGACAAAAAUUUUAUGUCAGUUGGACAGGCAUCCAGCACGAGAGAUGGCAAUUUUAUGCUUGCCAAUCCAUACUACAGCGGGAUAGAUAACAAUGUCCUGUCCAUUGGUCAGGCCUUCAGCAGAGGGAAUUACAAUAUUAAUACUGUAGAAGGGCAAUAUGAAAAGGAAAGUGGCAACUUCAUGUCAAUUGGUCCUACCCACAGCAAGGGCCAUGAGAGUUUCUUUGCGAUGGACCCUUUCUACAAUAGAGUAAAUGAGACGUUCGUGGCUGCAGGUUCCACUUAUAAAGGGGACGCAAAUAUUGCCCUUCGGAGUCAGCAGGAUGCUACUGUUGUAUCAUUAGGUGCUCUGUACAAUAAAGAGAACUCAAGCAUCCUACCAAUGGUUGAAAACUCUAGGAAGGGUGAACAAACUACAAUAUCUUUUGGAGGCUUUGAGGAUAAUCCUGAGAGGGAUCACUCUAGUCAGCUUAUAAGCUAUAACGCUUUGCUAGAUCAAUCCUCUGGUCAAUCUUCAGGGGCGUUGGUACAGAAAGAUUCUGGAGAGCAGCUAAGUGUGAAUGUUCUCUCAGCAGGCACUUCAAGGACAGAUGGUGCACACAAGAAUAAGGAGCAGAAGACAAAGAAAGGAUCAUCAAAUAACUUCCCUUCAAAUGUUAAAAGUUUAUUAUCCACUGGCAUACUUGAUGGGGUUCCAGUGAAGUAUGUUUCUUGGUCAAGAGAGAAAAAUCUUCGAGGAGUGGUCAAAGGGACUGGUUACCUGUGCAGCUGCCAGGAUUGCAAGCUUAACAAGGUCAUCAAUGCUUAUGAGUUUGAGCGUCAUGCUGGUUGCAAGACCAAACACCCAAAUAACCAUAUCUACUUUGAGAAUGGGAAGACAAUUUAUGCAGUGGUCCAAGAACUGAAGAGUACCCCUCAGGACAAGCUUUUUGAAGUGAUGCAAAAUGUGGCCGGAUCUCCUGUCAAUCAGAAGAACUUCAACACUUGGAAAGGUGAGUUCUCUCGUUCUCCAUCCUUGAUCUAGCAUCAUACCAAGCUGCAACCCGUGAACUUCAACGUAUUUAUGGGCAAGAUGAAACGGUCGUGCCAUCUUGAUAUGCCAUUUCUCCUGUGUCAACAACGUUGGUUGAUAACUGUUGUCGCCUAGCUAGUAGACAGGACAGUAGGCAAAAAAACAUUAUCUUUUGGAACAUUACUUUUGUCAGGCAUCAUUAAUUCUGAUCUGUAAUAUUGAUGCUUAACUUGUUUGAACAUCUCAGUUUUAGCUUUCUUCAAUAUAUUUUGUCUGUGCUUGCCGUUUAAA